CGCCAGACGCUGCCCAGACGCCGCGCUCCCUCGAAUCGAGGCGACGACGCUGCGGCCGGAGGCGAGCGCUGGGGAUGCCAUCCUUCGGCAUGGAGCAGAAGACACCUUAGAGGAAGGCGGCGGCGGCGGGUCGAGUGAAGAGUCAAGUCAGUAAAGAAGUUCGGAGCAUCCUUCGUCUAACUUUGGAAACACUGUGAUCCGCUUUCCUGAAGCCCGCCUGAGCCAGCGAUGGAUCUGAAGCGGAUGAAGGAUUACAUCUACUGGCUGUAUUACCAGUAUCUCCUGGUCACCUGCAGCUACGUCCUGGAGCCCUGGGAACAAUCCAUGUUUCACACCAUCACAAUUACGGUGGUUGCCAUGGUGGUCUACACGGCUUACGUCUUCAUCCCCAUCCACAUCCGCUUGGCUUUUGAGUUCUUCUCGCAGAUAUUUGGAAGUCAACCUGAAAGUACUGCUUCACUUAUGGAGUGAUCCCUCCAGCACCAACAAGCAGUUAUUUGCAUGCAGUGGAAAAAAACAAACA